AUGGCUCGCAAACCUACACCCUCGGCGCUCACGUUCGAGCUUGUCGCAAAAUGCUCGACCACCAGAGCCCGCGCCGCCACGCUGUCACUUCCUCAUGGACCCGUCCAGCUACCUCUGUUUAUGCCUGUCGGCACGCAGGCCAGCCUGAAGGGAUUGACUCCUGAACAGCUGGAGGACACCGGCUGUCGCUUAUGCCUGAACAAUACGUACCACCUUGGCCUCAAGCCCGGACAGUCGACCCUGGACACCAUUGGAGGCGCGCACAAACUGCAGUCAUGGCCCUACAACAUUCUGACAGACAGUGGCGGGUUCCAGAUGGUCUCGCUGCUCAAGCUCGCUAAGGUUACCGAGGAGGGUGUGAGGUUCCUCAGCCCCCAUGACGGCGCACCAAUGCUGCUCACCCCCGAGCACUCAAUGUCCCUGCAGAACAGCAUCGGCUCCGACAUUAUGAUGCAGCUCGACGAUGUCAUCGCCACGACUUCUCCUGACCACGCGCGCAUCAAGGAAGCCAUGGAGCGCUCGGUGAGGUGGUUGGAUCGCUGCAUUAAAGCGCACAAGAAACCCGAGACGCAGAACUUGUUCUGCAUUAUCCAGGGCGGGCUCGACCUCGACCUCCGCAGAAAGUGCUGUGAGGAGAUGGUGGCGAGAGAUACCCCUGGCAUUGCCAUUGGCGGCCUUUCGGGCGGCGAAGCGAAGGAGUCGUAUUGCCAGGUGGUCAAGACAUGCGCAGAGCUGCUUCCGGAGAAGAAGCCACGAUACGUCAUGGGCGUGGGGUAUCCUGAAGAUCUCGUGGUCUCGGUCGCUCUCGGCACAGACAUGUUCGAUUGCGUGUGGCCCACUAGGACCGCGCGCUUCGGAAACGCCAUCACGGCGGCGGGGAUGCUGGCGCUGCGGCACGCGUCGUACGCAAACGACUUCACGCCGAUCGAGGAGGGCUGCAGGUGCACGUGCUGCCGGCCGGUGGGCGACGGCGGGCUGGGCAUCACGAAGGCGUAUGUCCAUCAUCUCGCGGCAAAGGAGACGGCGGGCGCGCACCUCCUUACGAUGCAUAAUGUGCACUACCAGCUCGCGCUGAUGCGGUCGGUGCGCUCGGCAAUCAUCGAAGAUCGCUUCCCUGAUUUCGUGCGCGACUUCUUUAAUAAACGCUACCCGCGCAGCGACUACCCCCCGUGGGCCGUCGACGCGCUCGCCGGCGUGGGCGUCCAGCUUUCGUAG